AUGGCCUGCGCGAUCGACACGAACGACACUCUGGCAUGUGUGUACUCCUGCCUCAUGCUGAGCGAUGCGGGUGUCCCCGUCACGGCGGAGAACAUCGAGGCGGCAUGCAAUGCUGCCGGUCUGUCGGUGCGCAACACCCUCCCCAUCCUCUUCGCCCGCUUCUUGGAGAAGAAGCCGCUUGAGAGCCUCCUCGCCGCGGCCCUGACAACGGCCCCGCAGGGUGGUGCCGCCCCCGCUGGUGCCGCUGCUCCCGCUGCGGGUGGCGCUGCCGCUGCUCCUGCUGCCGGAAAGAAGCAGGAGGAGAAGGAAGAGGAGGAGGACGACGAUAUGGGCUUCGGUCUCUUUGACUAG